AAAAUUUCCCUACUAUGUAUAAUCUUUCUGUCUCAUCAGUAUUUGGCAUUUUUACUGCUCCCUUACAAAAUUCAGUCAUCAUAGAUAAUGAUGAUGCUUUUUUUCAUCUAAAAAGAGACUCCUAUGAUGGAGUAACUUCGUCCAAGAUCACUAUGUCUGUUUUGUGCAAAUAUAACCCCAGAGGUUGUCAUUCAAAUGUAGCAGACAAUUUAAGACGUUUCCCGAUCGUCUCAGUCGCAGGUGAAUUGGUUACGUUAAAAAGAUCAGUGUGCAUUUUAAGUGACGUCAUCGAAUGGACCUAUUCAAAUCAAGUAGGUUCCAACACUAAUGAUGAUACAGCUUCUUUAAAAAACAGAAAAAGAAGGAAUGAAGAGUUGAAAAAGUUGGCAGAAAAAUUUGAAGCCCCAAAUGUUCGAUACUACAAAGGGAAAGAGAAAAUGGACGCUAAUGCUCAAAAAGAGAGUUCUUCAAGGGUAAAAAGGUUGAAAAAUGCUAUUGAAAACGUUAAAGGGACCAAAAGUCAAAAAGUCAUGAUGGACCCAACUCAGGAUUAUGAAACCUCUGCUGAACAAUUGCAUACUCAGACAAUUGAUUGCCCGAAAGACCUUUAUGAGGAUGAUGAAGAAUCCAAAAUGCUGAAAGAUUAA